AUGAAAGCAACCGCCGCCAUCGCAAUCAUCCUCUGCAUGAUUCCCGCCGUCUGCAUCAUUGUGUGGAUCGGUAUUCAAUUUGCGAAGCGACAUAUCAAAAACAAAUCCGCGAUGAGCAAAGCUUACUACGGCCGAGCCCGCGAGGGAGUUUCCAACAACACUGAUGUCGAGCUCGGACCCCUCAAUGCCAAAAAAUACACAGUCAAAUUGGCACCAUAUCGAUAUGGAAAUAGGAACAAGCAGAGUACUUUCAUUCGACCGACCCGAGAUCAGCGAGCUCGUCGCAUCAAGAUGAAUAUCCAAGGCACGAAAUACCACGUCGUUGAGAAUAGACCGUCUAGCCGGAAGGCCGUUUCGGUUGAACCGAAUCACCGAAGUGACCACGAAUCGAAUCGAGCCCAGCAAGAUGCGAAACUGAGCAAGAAGGAGAAGAAGAAACGGAAGCAGCUGCAGAAACAAAAGGAGCGACAACAGGAGAAGGAGAAAGAGAAGGGAAAGUGGAAGCACAAGGAGAAGGAGAAGGAGGAAAAGCAUGACGAGGACAAUCAAUGGCAUAGUCGCUCACAGAAUGACAAGCAAAGCCAUCAUGAUUCAUGGAAACCUCAGUCCAAUCGGGGUAGCAAGGCCGAUGGGCAAUCCCUUCCACAAAGCCAGCAUAGCCAACAUGAUGCUGGGUUCGAAGAGCUCGGCAUGUGGGCCAAUUACGAAACAGAAGAGCAGAAUAAAGAGGGAGGUAAUCAGAACGUGGAUGACUGGAACGAGGGUGUUCAGGAGGGUCUUCCGGCCAGUCACCAUGGGUCUGGAAAUGCGGGAUGGAGCAACCAUGAUAAUCAAAGUGCUCACGAUCAGAAGUGGUGA